AUGAUUAUGAUUGCCGCCAAGCUGACCCCAAAGCAGGAGAAAUGGGCCGAACGAAGAGCAUUCUACGGCUUGCCCGCCGUGGAGGAUCCGCUUCCCAGAUCUGUCACACCUCCGCAAGAUGUAGAUAUCCCACUGACGGACUUCGAAAAAGCCGACAUUGAGACACGGGCGCUCGCGCUCGCACAAUCCGCACUUGCACAAUCCCCACAACACGAGGAUGUACAACGACCUUCUUCGCCCCUCCCGUUCCUUCUUGACGACAGAAUUUGCGCUAACCUCGGGAGCAGGGGAGUCCAUGUUGGGUUUCUACCUUCGUACGAGGGUGGGAGUCAGGUAAAGGUGUCAGGCUUCACAGAUAGCCCAGAUCGAUUUUGGAGCAAUAAACUGAGCUGUCCUGCUCCUGACGGCUGUGUCGCCGUAUCAUGGAAGGUGAACGGCACUAAACCACGAUCUGCCUUUGUCCCCGCCUCGGACUUGAAGCCGUGUCCCCCCCGCGCGAAAAACAAGUACAUUUUGGUGCUUAGUGGUCCGUACGUCGGUCAAAUCUUCCUCACGAAGGGUUACAAGAAGGCGAAUGAUGUCUAUGUCGUUCAUGAACAUCGGGACGAGAUUCCGAAUGGUAUAGUCACCGAGAACCUGCCAUUAACCGUCAACAGUGGAGCAGCGGAAGAACAGGGGUGGUGGAGCUCCAUUUCAUACCUUAGAUGUUGGGAACAAAGAAGCAGGCACGUUGGUCGGUCGAAGAAGGUGAGGAGUCGGGGCGCGGAGAAGCGCAGACACCCGUUAUGGCGCGAAGAAGUGAUAGAAUUUGUUGUAUAUAAAGGUUUUUCUUUCUUCAUCAUGCCCAAGGCGCCACGCACUACCCUCUCUCGUUUGCGACUUCAUCCGUACACCAAGUCCGAUGGCACAACCAAGAAGCCUGCGCCUAGGUCAAAGGAGUCUCUCCGCACUUCCUCAGGGAACCUGAUCCUUAAUGCUCGUCUUGGAGGUGGACCUCAGUUCUUUGGGCUCUUUGUCGUCCUGUUCCUCGGGUUGCCAGGCGCGAAAUCGGACCGCGAGAUAUACAGGCUUUACCGUGCACGGCGCAAUUCCAAGGAGGCACCGGCAUCAGUCAGCCACAAACCGGGCGAACACACAUUUGACAACGACGAUCCUUUGAUCGCGGCGUUGGUCUCACACAAUCGUCCAGGUAACAGGAGAGUUCUCUUACCUGAAACGGUUCUUGCAGCCCUUGAGGAAUUGGAAAAACCCAACCUGCCUCCCUACAAUCCGUUAGCGAGGACGUCAGCGGGAACAUCAGCGGGAACAUCAGCAGGAACAUCAGCAGGAACAUCAGCAGGAACAUCGGCGGAUCCAUCAAUGGGGACAUCAGCAGGGCCACCAGCAGGGCCGCCAGUGACAGUGUUGUCAGAGGCCUCAGAGGCCUCAGAGGCGUUGAGCGAAGUGGACGAACCGAACACACAACCUGACGCAGCGAACCCACAGCCGCUUCCUCAUACCGUCGGAAGGAAACAACCCAUGUCAUGUUCAGUUGAAUCACUGUCGGAGCAGUCGGAGCAGUCGGAACAUAUAACCUACGCCUACCACAGUGUUCUCCUCGAGAAACGCGCAGUGAUCGCUAUCAUCACGAACCCCUCAGCGUACCUUUGGUACACGCGCAGGAAGCUCUUCGACGAGCUUCCUCAGCAGCACGCUCGCAGGGCGCUCCAGGCGCCCAACGCGUUCAGGGCGCCUAUCCGUGGGAACAACCACGUAUGGCCAGAAGCGGAGUAA